AUGCAGCCGACAUUCUCACAUUCAGACCAGCAGCCAUUCAUGUUGUUGGACUACUGCUGUCGUUGUUUUGGAUUCACGCUGAUAAAACGCAAUGGACCCUUCUCCCUCAAGAACACGCCCAGCGACACCUUGGUUGUCCUACAGAACCUGCUGAUGUGCAUGGUGUGCUUCUACUCGCUUUACUACGUGGUGGUGAGUCUGUGCAUCGGGCUGCUCAGGGUUCAUGAGAUCAACAGCUUGUUGGCUCCGUUCGACUACACAACACAACCGUCAUGGCAGAAUCCCAAAUACCUCGUUGGUGUGAUUUCCACAGAAGUGACCUACGUUUUGGGAGGGCUGGUAUUCGCCUGGAUUGUCGAGGAGUGGGUUUGGGAUUACGCCAUAACUGUCACGCUGCUGCACAUCGCGAUGACUGCGGCGGUGAUGUCAGACUUCCCUUCAGCUGAGCACUGGUGGAUCGCUCUGGGUUCAGGCCUGGUGAUGAUGAUCUUUGGAGGACAGCUCAUGGCCCAUAAACUCUUCAGAAGCAACUUUGUCUAUCCAGCUGAACUACAGAACUUCUAACGGACGCAGUGACGACGGCUUGUAAUUGGUUUAAUGGUUUAUGUUGUGUAUGGAUACAUCCAAUCGGUACCCUUUUAAAGAGUGAUGCCAUGUUAACAUUGAUGUGAGCAACUACAGUAUUUCUAGCAAGAAUCUACUGUAUUAUUAUACAGAAAAUAAUUAAUUUUUAGAUUUCUAUUACUUUUCAGCAAAUAGUCUCCUUGUACAAAUGGCCCAGCUUUGUCUAUUUUCUAAAUCAUAUUAUGUACAGUUUGAAUAAUGUUUUGUAUUGUUUCUUUACAAACUUAACUGGAUUAAAAUAUUGAAUGAUAUAUGAGCAAGUUGAAACAAACCUACUGACUGAUAUUUAUUCAAUGGUGAGUCAGCAAUGAUACCUUUGUAUUGUUAGUGUUAUGUGUCACAUACCAAGUUUGUAAAGUGUACAGUAU